AUGUACGACCGGGCUCCCCGCUCCUUCCCUCUGCCGGUGGGCUGCACGAGCCCCCACCUAGGUCCCGGCUGCUACGACUUGCCUUCCCAGAACAGACAGAUCCGAGGUGGCUAUGCCCCCUUUCUUUCUCUGGCAAGUCGUGGGCUUGAAGUUAUUUCUCAAAAUGAUGAGGAUGAUAUUCCAGGGCCAGGAUCCUAUGAGAUUAAUAGAAUACAGAAAACUAUUAAAGGAGGCAAAAGUCCUCAAAACAAGGAAAAGCGUUUUAAAGUUGUAAUUAAUGAUACACCUGGUCCUGGAACAUACUGCCAACCUCCUUCAUUGAGUCCAGAAGAUAGUAAGACAAAAAGACCAUUGAAAAUGCCUUCUGCACGGAAAAUUGCAGGCUGUAUCAAAUAUUUCCGAAAGUCAGAGGCUCCAUCCAUUCCUUCUCAAGGACAAGCAUUUGGUUAUGAAGAGGCUGAAGAUGGGACACUUAUAAAAUUUAGCCAGCCUGUAAGAGACAGUACGUUGGGACCAGCAUACUAUCAAACAGUAUAUAAUGAAACGUAUCCAACUUUGAAAUAUAAAGGGAUCCAUUUUGGCAAUUUGACAGAAAAGCGUCUUGAAUUUAAGCCACAUGAGGGCCCUGGACCUGCACACUAUGAUAUAAUUCCGGAAAGUGCAGUGCAUUGUGAAAAUGUCAACAUCAAGAAGGAAGACAAGAAAAAAUGUGUUCUCUAUAUUCCACGGUAUCAUGAAGAAAUAGUAUUACAGGAAGAAAAAAAGGGUAUUCCAGGUCCCGGUAAAUAUAAUAUAAAAAGUCAGUUUGGGAAGGCAGAUAGCAUCAUGAAAAGUGAAGCUCAGCAUGUUCCUUUUCUUUCUCUUUCUGAGAGGUUUGCCCCUGUGAAAUCUUAUACUCCAGCUCCUGGCACAUACGAUGAAACACGCUCUGCUCUUGAAUAUUUGAGAAGACCGUGUAGGUCAAAAAGCAUCCCAUUUGGCCAUACCUCAGUUCGAUUCACCGAAGAUACCAGAUUGCAAUCAUCACCAGGUCCUGCAUUUUAUAAUAUCCACAAUUACAGAAUUGCAACACCCAACCUUAAAAAUGUUCUCACAGAGACAAAGAAAAGAGCAUUUGGAUCUACAGUUCCUCGAUUGUUAUAUUUAGUUAAGAGGGAAGCUUUUGCUACACCUGGACCAGCUGAUUAUCAGAUGAAACAAGCUGUGGAACAAUCACAUAAGAAGAAAAAGGAAUUAUCUGUUUUUGUAUCAACAAUUGAGAGAAUUCCAGCAAUCCACUCAGCAGUUCCACCUCCAGGUUCUUAUGAGGUUCAUAAAUCGUUUGAGAAAUCACAGGGUAAGAGUGAAUAUAUGCCUCCAAGAACUGCGGUGGCUAGAAGAAGGCAUGCAGCUUUUCUCAGUGGAACGCUUAGGGAAAAUGCAUUAAAGAACGAGGACGAUAUACCAGGACCAGGGACCUACAGCCCAAUAGUUGACCAGCCAGGAAUGAAAGUCUGGGAUUCUCAAGAACCACGUUUUAAAGAUUCAAAAGACAGCAAUCCUGGGCCUGCUUCAUACGAACUCAGUCCACUUUUAAGAGAUACUGUCUUGAAGAGAACAUACAAUGUAACAUUAAAUAAUCCAGUUAUGAUUCGAGUGAGAAGUUCCAUUUUUAAAACUGCAACAGGCAGAGAAGACCUUUUUUGUACAUCUGAUCAACAAAACUCAAAAAAGCAAAAUGAAGCUUUCAUAUCUGAUAAUAAGUGAUACCACCGAAACUUUUCUUGUAAAGAAAACCUUGAUUUAAUGUCUUGCAUCAACUGCUCAAGAACAAAACACUGACUUUCACUCUUCAGAAAUGCAACAUCUAUUCUGAGAAGAUACUUUUUUAUGUUUCCAAGCUUUUCUUGAUCACAGAUCCUACCACAUAAUUUUUUUCUGCAUUCUUGAUAUGUAUCGUUGUAUAUCAAGAAUUAAUAAAGAAACCUAAAGGCAAUAUUCCCAUUUAAAUGUAUUCUUUGAAUGUAUACAUACUGUAGUUUUGGAUAGAUAGUUAUUUUUAUUUAUUAAAUUUAUAACAGCACCUAACUCUAUUUAGAUUG